AUGUUACGGCUUGACGCAUCAAAGAUCUUUGAAUGGCUGAAAGACAUUCCUAUCAAAGCUUCAAUAAGGGGAGUUCAUGCUGUUACGCUGACGGGGUCGUCCCAGUACGCUGUACCUGGGUCUGGGUUUACAUUGAUGUGUGAUGUACCAGAGGAGGCCCAGGCUGUAAUGUUUUACCGCCGUCCUGAAGUGACAUCUCCAGAAGGUGCUAUUCAAGUAGGUGGUGAUCAAUGUUACAACAUAAAUGUAGCCUCGCCUGUCCCCUGUAUCCCGGAUGUCUGUUCUUGUGUAACGUCAGGAGGCCUUGGUACAGUUUUCCGAUGGAUCAUGCAGCCACAGACUGAAGACCAUGGAUCUGUGUGGUUCUGUAGACGUACUAACCUCAACCUACCUAACCAGACACUGGACAGUGCUGAUUUCAUCCUCAAAGUUGCAAAUGGUCCAGGUACUUCCAUUGCCUUGUCCCCGCCGGACACUACCUACACCAAGACAGAGGGAGACACGUUACCUGACAUCACUUGUACAGCGGAUUGUAGACCAGACUGUACAUUUGUCUGGACACGACCGGACAACAUCAACUUUACUGUGUCACCUGUGUUGUUAUUAGGACAACUGAAGAGGUCAGAACAUGGAACGUACAAAUGUACCGCUAGGAAUGGUGUAGGGGAGUCGACUUCAACAACACAUGUAAUUGUACAUUAUGGACCUGGAGUCAGCAUUUCAUUUGAACCACAAGAAGAUAGUGUUGAUGUCGCUGAAAAUCAGACCGUCACAGAUGUCAUCUGCUCUGCCGAUUGUAGACCGUUAUGUACCUACACCUGGUCUAAGUUAGGAACGAAUUACCUGAACCCGUUGAGUCUAUCUGUGGCCACGAGGAACAAUGCCGGACAAUACACAUGUAGAGCCAACAAUACUGUUGGUCAAGGAACUAGGGUGUGGAACCUUACCGUCAGAUUUCCGCCUCGAAUUACCGCUCUUGUUUACAGCCAAGGAGAUGCUGACGUGAGAGAACAUGAAUCUAAAUCACUGAUAUGUACUGUGGAUAGUUAUCCUCCGUCCAAAAUACAGUGGCUUUAUAAAACCAACAACACCAUUCUACUCAACACCCCAAACGUCUUAGACAGUACCUAUACCCUGACUAACGCUAAAUGUCUGGACACUGGACUGUAUACCUGCGUCGUAAGGAACAGCGUCUCUACAACAGCUGUCACCAGGGACAUACCUGUCAACGUUCUCUGUAAGCCCCGACCACAUCCACAAAUUGAUACUUUGAAAAUGAAGUUUGGCUUAGGAAUCUCGGAAAACUUGACAAUUCCUGCUAUGUUCUUAGCAAAUCCAGAGCCAUUUUUCAAUUGGACAUUUCAAAGCUCCUCUUGUUAUCUAGCAACUGACCUUGACAAUGGCACAAAGAAUUUUGUUAUCACCAAUGCUUUUGUGAUGAAGAAUAUGUCUGCUUUGUCAUUAGGGACCCGUGUGGAUAUGCAAGAACAUUGGUAUGGAUUGUAUAAUGUUAUGGCAACAAACAGCGAGGGAAGCGGACGGAUAACCUUUACAGUGGUACCUCAAGAAAAACCUGGUUUACCAAAAAGUUUAAUUGCUGGCUGUACAAAGCCUAAUGUUGUUGAAGUAUCAUGGGUUGAUGGAGGAAACUCGGAGUUUUAUCAGGUCUUGUUUAGUGUCGACAAAUAUCUGAACACAAAAGAGAUUUACCCUGUAACAAUACCAAUGAAAGCAGAUGGAAAUCAGACAUACAGUCAAAAUGUACACAAUCUAGAGGGAGGACAAGUAUACUUCUUUAAGGUUAUCGCAUACAACACUUUUGGAAACAAAACAUCACUUGAUGCUGUCGGAUGCACCGUUCAGAAAACUCUUUCCGGUGGUAAUGACAGCAUGUUAACAGCAGGAGUUGUUCUUAUGGUCAUAGGAGUACUUACGCUGUUGUCAAACAUUGGACUCGGAAUAUAUAUUCGACGAAAUAGACGACUACCGUUUAUCAAAGGUCAUCGUCAUGAACAAAAGGAAUUCCAGAAUAUACAGCUAUCGGAGCAAGAUGUGACUUCUCAAAGUGAUGAUGGAAGAUCUCCAUAUCAACAACUCAAUACAGACACUAUUGGUAAGCCGUCAAUAUACUCUGAAAUCGGACAGCAUGACAAUCAAGGUUACCAAAAUGAAUCAGUCGAAAGCAAUGAUGAAGGAAAGUACGAAUCGCUAGAAGGGCGCUCGAAUCCAAACGUAUAUGAAGAGCUUCAAAGUACAACUUCAGGCACCAAAUGCUAUUUUAAUGCUAAUACUUUCGCUCUCACCCCACCGGACACUACCUACACCAGGACAGUGGGGGACACGUUACCGGAGCGGACAUCACUUGUACAGCCGAUGGUAGACCUGGCUGUACCUUCGUCUGGACACACCAACUCACACGAAUAA